GAAAAGGCCGAAAAGUUGCGAUUGGUCACGUGCUUGUCAUGUGAUUUAUAAAAAUGAAGCAUUCGUACUUAUUCUUGAUUGUCAGCAUAGUUUUUGUCGGAUUUUCGACUGGUAAAGUAAGAUUUCCUCAUCGGCAUCGUUAUAAACAAGCUGCACAGAGCAACUACACUUAUGUCACCGAAUAUUUUGUUCAAAAGGUUGACCAUUUUGGUUUUGAAAAUGAUGAUACAUACAAGCAACGGUACCUGAUAGCGGACCAAUAUUGGAACAAGAAUGGUGGGCCAAUAUUUUUUUACACUGGGAAUGAAGGGGACAUUGCUUGGUUCUGUAAUAAUACAGGCUUUAUGUGGGACAUAGCUGGUGAAUUCAAUGCAUUGUUGGUGUUUGCAGAACACAGAUAUUAUGGUGAAUCUAUUCCAUACGGGCCUGAUGCUUAUAAAUCACCAAAACACAUGAAUUAUUUAACAUCAGAACAAGCGUUGGCAGAUUUUGUAGUACUCAUCAAGAAUCUAAAACAGACUAUACCAGGUGCCCAGAACAGCUCAGUUGUGGCAUUUGGGGGCUCAUAUGGGGGCAUGCUUUCUGCCUGGCUGAGAAUUAAAUAUCCAAAUGUUGUUGUAGGAGCACUGGCUGCAUCUGCACCAAUCUGGCAAUUCACAGGUUUAACACCAUGUGAGGCAUUUAACAAAGUUAUAGCCAAUGUGUUUACAUCAGUGAACAGAGAAUGUUUUGAAAAUAUACAAAAAUCGUGGGAGAUUAUUUCAACAGUAGCUCAGACAGGGGAAGGUAGAGAUUUUAUCAGCACAACAUUCAAGCUAUGUAAACCACUAGCACACAGCUCUGAUGUGGACAAUUUUAAAGCCUGGCUGACUAAUGCCUGGACUGACCUGUCCAUGGUCAACUAUCCAUACCCUGCUAAUUUCCUUGAACCUCUUCCAGCAUGGCCAGUUAAGGCAGUUUGCAGUAAGUUGACUCUGCCAGUGGAAGGUAAACAGCUGUUGUCAGAUCUAUCAGAAGCUGUAAAGAUAUAUUUCAACUACAGUGGUCAGGCUAGCUGUCUAAACACCACACAGCAAGCCACGUCUGACCUGGGAGAUCAAGGAUGGGACUAUCAAAGCUGCACUGAGAUGGUAAUGCCAAUAUGUGCUGAUGGCAAACAAGAUAUGUUUGAGCCAAGUCCCUGGAACUUUACACAGUUUAGUGAGCAAUGUCAUAAAAGAUGGAAAACAUAUCCCAGACAAAACUGGAUAGUUUCUGAGUACUGGGGCAAAAGUUUAGAAACAGCCAGUAAUAUUAUAUUUAGUAACGGAGCUCUUGACCCCUGGUCAUCUGGUGGCGUAACCACAAGUCCAUCUUCUUCCAUUGUGCCAUUGUUGAUAGAGUCUGGUGCGCACCAUCUAGAUUUACGCGCAGCCAAUCCUCUUGACCCACCCUCUGUUUUAGAUGCUCGACAGUCAGAAAAAAAUCUGCUAAAGAUGUGGUUAGGUCAAGUGCAAGAUGAUAAGUCUGGACAAGGGGGUGGUGUAUAUAAUGUAUAUGCCUCUGAUAAAUACACUAUUCCAUAAACAGUUUCUACUAUAUUAUCUCCACAAAACAUCACUACAGGUGUUCUAGUUAUGUCUGUUAUUUUUAUCAUUAAUUAUUUCAUGUAAUACUGUAAUUUUACCUUAAAGGCAUUGAAUAAUACACUUUAUUUCCUACCUCUUCUAUACACUUUAUUUCCUACCUCUUCUAUAAUUAGUAAAGUGUUUUUCCUGUCUUAAAACAACUUAAAAUCUAUAAGUAAAAUGUAAGAAUUUAUAUUCUCUAAUAAAUGUUCCUCUCCCCUACCCUUCUAGAGAUAGGCAAAGAAAUCCAUUUAUUAGCAGUUUUUAAGAAAUCCAAAGUAAACAACACAACGUUUAAUACUGCAUCUUUGCAUUAUAUAUAACCCAGUGAACAGUAGAUCAUUUUAAUUUUGAACCUUUUUUGUACUUUAAUUAUAGCCCACUUUUUGGAAAAUACUAUUUCUUGAGGGCGUUCAUAAGAAAAUACAUAAUUAUAGUAAAGACAACAAUUUAUAAGACUCGUGAUGUUUAGUAAGAAAAGUUAAUACAUCUACUUACAAUGCACAAUUUUUUUUUCGGCACAGUUUGUGGCAUUAUUUAAUUGAUUGUAAUGUGUUGACAAUAUUUUAACCUUUUAAUGUCAAAUUAUAUGAUUUGGAUUGAUGUUACAUUUUUUAGGAAAAAAAUGAAACAUUAGCAAACUUUGUUGUUGUAUAUUCCUCCCAGCAGUGUUAAAAGUUAAACAGGAUUUUAUUGAAAUAUAAAUACCAUAAAUUAUAUCUUUACUAUUUUUAGCAGAUAUCACUAGAGAUUUGUUUUUUCUCUACCUUAUUAUAAAGAAAUAUGAAAAUAAAAGCUUAAUUUUCUUUUAUAUUGUAUUUUGUAAAUAGGGUGCAAUUUGCAAUUUUAUAAAAGUUUCUUUUUAUUUCAACUAACGGUAUGUUCUUUGUAUGUUCCAGGUGCUAAUUUACUAAAUUAAGUUCUUCUAAAUAAGGUUUUGUUAUAUUCUUGUUAUAUAAAGUUUGGAUUUGAAUACCAGCACAACAGAUGUCUCAGUUCCGAUUAUGCCCCAGGAACAGAUCCCCUCAUGAACAGACUCCACAAAACCUGAGUCUGAGAUUUUCUACUACAUUUGUAUUUGUUUUGAUUGUUCUUUCUCAAAGGGUCACCUGUUUUUUUGGAAAUUAUGAUAUCAAUAUUUAUGUCCUGACCUCUGUUAAGGUUUAUAUGUUUUAAAUAUAAGUUAUAUAAUGGUAUCUUAUAAGGUUAAUAAUCAAAUGGAAGUAAGCAAACUUAGA